AUGUCUCUGGUCCGCCAUGUUCGUUUACGUGUCCCCUGCGGCAGCGCCCGUCCUGGUCCUGCCAUUGGUCAAGCUUUGGGUCCGCUGGGAAUCAACAUGGCGGAGUUUUGCAAGCAAUUCAAUGAGCGGACAGAACCCAUGUACGAGAAGGAUGUGCCUCUAAGCGUCAAGCUCAAUGCCAUGAGCGAUCGUACGUUUACCUUUCAAGUGAGAUCUCCGCCUACAUCGUAUUUGAUCCGACGUUGUAUGGGAAAAACCAACGAGAAAGGACCCUCCGAACCGAAUAUUGAAAAGCCGUUUGGCUACAUUACGCCAGAGGCUGUCUACGAAAUUGCCAAGCUCAAACAGAAGGAUGACCAUCGAUGGCAUUUGCCUCUGGAAGGAAUUGCCAGAUCGGUUCUGGGCACAGCGAGGAGCAUGGGAAUUGUCUGCCGAGAAAUAGAAGAUAUUGAAGAAGAAUAA